GCUGCGUCCGUUGUUGGUCUCUCAUUUUGCAGUUUUCAACACUAUAUAAAACAAGGGAAAAAAAAACAUCAGCGUCACUGAGCACGACUUAUACGAGCGCACACGUGCUUGAUUGCCAGCUGUUUUUUUUUUUCUUUCGCUUCUCUGCGACCUCGUCAGAGCGGAGAUUAGCGCGGUGCGUCUCUCCCCCUCUUGCAGCAGCAGCAGCAGCAGCAGCAGCAGACACGGCUCAUAACAAGUGCUGUCCAAAGCAAAAGGCGUUCUGUUGCUCGUAACUCUUCUUCUCUUUUUUCUUUAUCUUUGCGGAGGGGGGAAUACCGCGCACUCGUCGCGCCGCCACGUCGGCCUAGUUCCUUGCUUCUUCUUUUCAUUUGUUAAUAUUAUUGCUGCUUGCUCUUCUUUCAUAUCUCUGCUCGGAGUGGGUUGUACGCGCUGUGGACGCCGACGCCUUCAACCCGGCAGCCAUUUCUCUUCUGUUUGCCUGCCUCGUGGAACACUAAGAAGAGAGUGUGCAAGAGAAACCAGUAAAGAACCGCAGCCACAUCAAAGGCCCCCCCCCCCAAAAAAAAAGGGGAUUGGAAGAAGAAGAGGAAGCCGAUGACGCACAUGCCGAUGACGGACGAGGUGCCGCUGCGCGUGGCCACCUUCAACCUGUGGGGCAUCUUCAACUCGAAGAUGCGCGAGGCACGCAUGAAGGUCUUCGCAACCAAGAUCCGCAACUACGACAUCAUCCUGCUGCAGGAGCAGUUCUCGCCGGCCGACUUUGACCUCAUCCGGCACAGCGCCCCACCGGAGGUGCAGGAGAGCUAUUACUUCCGCCGCUUCCGCAGCUCGUUCUACGGGUCCGGCUGCGCGGUGAUCUCGCGCUACCCAGUGAAGCAGGCCUUCUUCCACACGUACCCCCUGCAAGGUUACCCAGAAAUGGUGCUGCACGGCGACUUCUUCGCGAACAAAGGGGCGGCGAUGGUGCGUGUCGAUGUGCCAGUUCCCGGCGGCGAGAACGGCGACGCGGUCACCUUGCAGGAGGUCACGCUGUACACCACGCACCUCGUCGCCAUCUACCAGAAAGUGAGUCAGCUGUCCUCGUGGAAGAGGGAGCGCUACCUGCCCUACCGCAUCUCACAGGUCAUCUCCUUCGCGAACUUAAUCAUGAGUACCUCGCGCCCGACCGAUCGAGUCAUUAUUGGUGGUGAUUUCAACUGCUCGCAGCGGUCGCUGGAGGUGCAGAUGAUGCUGAUCCUGUUGCGGAAGCACGGGUACGACCUGCACGCCGUGCUGCCGACCCCGCGGGCGCUGCUGGACACGGCCACCAACGAGGUCGAGCGCGAUCGAGGCCUGCGCCUCUUCACCUUCUCCAACCGCAACGCCUUCAACACGAUGAGCUCGUCGUACUUCAAGCUGUUGAAGCUGGAGGCGGACAUCCCUUCGCAGAUUGAUCACAUGUUCUUCUCACGGCCCGCCUUUGCGCUGCGCGAGUUCGCGAGCUGCCCCGAUGUGGAGGAGGCCUACCCACGGCAGGUGAACGGGGCGCCGAUUGGGCUUGUCAUCUUCACGCGGAACGAGGUGUACGUCCCUGCGCACCCGAGCUGGUGGGGCUCCGUCUGGCACCAGCUCCUCACCGGCAGGCGCACAGGGGGCGGCAAGACCGUCGCGGACGCGUCGGCGGACUUGUACCCCUUGUCGGACCACUACGGAGUGGCGGCGAUGCUCGGGAUGCGGAUCGAUGAAGUGGAGCCGACGGCGUCGCCGGUGACGCUGUCCGCCGCAAAGUUGGCCGCCACGCCCUCGCCCACGCUCACCGCGGACGAGCUGAAGGUGCUGGAGACGGUCCUCGAGUACCUGGAGAGCUACGUGGCGAAGCUGCGCUCGCAGAUCCGCACGACGCGCUUCAUGGCGGCCUCGUCGGUGUUGAUUGUGCUGACGAAUCUGUGGGUGCUGCACCGCCUCACCGUCAAAGAGGAGAGCCGCACCGCCGCCAUGCUAGAGCAGAUGUACAACAUCGCCGCGGUCAGCGCGCGGGAAGCGGCGCGGCUGACAAAGCAGCAGAAGCCGGCGGCAUCGCUGCAGGGGGUCAAGGCACAGCUGACGGCGGCGGCCGGCUGGGUGACGCGUCAUGUGCACAUCCCUCUUCCGUACGUUUCUUCACCGUCUUCCUCCUCGCACGGAGGUGCAGCGACGGAAGGCCGCAGGGGCGUCAAAAUGCCGCUAACAAGUGAUAGCGCUGACGCUGCUGCUGCUGGCACGGCGGGGGUUGGUGCGAGGGCGGGUACACGGCAGGAGGAAGAGGACGCGGCCUCGGCGGUGGCGGCCGCGGUGAGGGCGUUUGCGGAGGAGGACCGCCCGGACUUUGCCGCCAUUGCCGAGGCACUCGCCCUGCGUCCGCUGUGGGCCACGACGUGGGUGUCGUCCGCGCUGAACAUCGCCGCCUCGGUGGGUGGCACAGCUGCCUUUGCCAUUGGCAUGUUUCAGCGCGCGGGCAACGCGAACGUGUUGGAGGAACAGGUGCAGCAGCUCCGUCUGUUGUAA